CCCCUUAUCUAUUUAUAGGGUUCUAUGAUGCCCUGCCGAAUAUUAGUAACUUGCAUGAAAAGUUAGGGUUUGGAGGCCUUUCAGCGAUUCGGUGUUGGGUUGGUUCCAGUCGCUCUUGAAUCCAUUCUACAGAUUACAUUCUUAAACCUUGAUUAGGAUUUGUUACAUGGAAUCAUUCACCCCCAUUCGUGAUGAAACGGCCCAUCUUGAUACGGACAUCCGUAGGUUCAAAAAGGAGCAUAAGGUUCCAGAAGGCCUGGCCUCUUAUGUAGAUUCAUCUGAAGAAUAUCAAGCCUGUUGGUACGAGGAACUGUCGAGCAUGUGGCCGGAAAAACAACCAUCUCCUGAAGAAGCUGCCAAACUUGUAUUUGAGGCCCUAGAGAAAGUCCACCACGGUUAUGUUUUCGUUUCUGAUCUUGAGGGUUUUUUACGAUAUUACGGGCUGUCUGCUUAUGACCCAGCGCCACCACGCCCGUCGUUUGUUUAUGGCCUAGUGCCACCACCCCUGUUGUGUGGUGAAGCUUCAUCGGUUGAAGAGGACGAAACUAUGGAGUCCUCGUGUGAUAAAGCUAAUUCCCUGUUGAAAACACUUCCUCCUUGGACGUUUGCGGAGCAUGGUCCAAGAUUCACGAUGGAAACACUUCCUGUAGAUGAAGCUCAUGUGUUUCAAGAAGAAGCAACAGAUCUCACUGUCUUUGUUGCGGUUAAGGAAUUCGGUCUUUUACCCUCGAAGAUGCUACGCAUAAUAAGUCAGUAUAAGGCAGCACUGGCCAGCCGGGACGAGGAUCAGGCACAGAAACUGCUGGAUAAACUUAAUGAAGGAGAAUAUCAGAUAGUGACGACGGCCAAUGGUGUGAGACGUCUGACCAAAAAGUACCAAAUCAAGCUAAGGGGAAUAAAUGUGCUGGAUAUUGAAACCGAGACUAAAGAAAAUCUUAAAUAUAUGGUCGAUGGAAAGCGUUUGAAUAUUGCAGUCUACGAUUUUGAUGACAGCUGCAAGGGUUGGGUUGGAGACGUUUACUGCGAUGACAUCUUUUUACUGGAUUACUGUCAAGAUGAAAGAGUCUAUAUGACUAAACGUCCGAGUUAGGGAAGUGGGAGAAAGAUGCCCUAAUGAAGAGUUGGAUUCUCAAGAUAAGUUAUAAGUAGGAUAAUAAGAUCUCAAGUGAACCAAGGAUUUUGUGCUUUGUAUUUUUAUAAAUGUUAUGUUAUAUGUUGAGAAAUCUUUAGUGUGACUUAUAUAUUACGUCUUUUCUUCUUUGAUCA